AUUAGAGCCUCGAUCUUGCCGUCCUUCUCUAAUCCUAGCCAUAAAUUCCAUUUCUUUGGAUAAGAGUGAUUGAAAUGGCUCUAGGGUUUGAAUAUUUGCGCAAAAAAAACUGUACUCUUAUAUUUGAUGUUUGCUAAAUUGUAAGCAGGUAGGUAUUGUCUAAUCGUUUCCUCAUUCCUGCGAUGAGAAAGUAAGGUAGUAGGCUGGAGAAUCUUGAGGUAUUGUUCAGGUGGAUGAUUAUCCUAGAAAAGCUUGGGUGGUGUCGAUAUUUUGUGGUAAUCGUGUUUGCAGCCUAGAAUUUAGUAUAUGAUACUUGGGGUUGAUUAUAGAAGGGUGACUAUUACAAAUGAACACAUGGAUGUUCUUUACGAGCAAUCUUCGUCUGCUAUCGCAACUAGAUACGGAUUCGUUAAGAAAAAUUUUCCAAUGACCCAAAAUGUGGGACCAACAAGAUGGACAGUUGAGGUGUCCCCCUCCUAUUGCAUAAUGAGCUGGCCCCCUUUUAUUGCAUAAUUGAUGAUCAGCUCAUUAUGCAAUAGGAGGGGGACACCUUAUAAUUGAUGGCCAGCUCAUUAUGUAAUAGGAGGGGGACAUCUCAACUGUCCUUGAUGACUAACUCAUUAUGCAAUAGGAGGGGAUACCUCACUUGUCCCCCAUGUUGGUCUCAUAUUUUGGGUCACUGUAGCAAAGCUCAUUCGUUAAAUUGAUGUUAUCAUAUGUGUAAUAUGCCUGACCCAUCCUUUUGCAAUCCUGGUUUUCUUUUCCCAAGGAGAUGGUGGUAUCGGUUUCUUAUCUUCUUGUGAGGUCAAAAUAAACUAUGAGUUCUUGUUCAUUCAUGUUCCGAAGGUUAAGCCAUAAGCCACAUCCAUACUUGUGUUGAUUUGUUUUGGUGUUAUCCAUGAAAACAGUCGAAUACUAGUAGUUGAAAGCAGCAGGUAUGUUGACUGGUUUUCUUUUACUUUACUUUUUUUUCCCUUCUUCUAUUUGUAGGAUCACCAUAUUAAGGUGGCAUAUUUUUCCUUGGCAUUAUGUAGUAACAUCAUCAUCACGCGAUUCACAUUUAGCAUUAUCCAUGAUCAUCUAGACUUGAAAUGAUUAUUAGAUAUAAUAUUCUUCAUGCUGUAUCAUCUUUUAUUGCAAGCAAACCUGUUUUUCUGAGACUUGCAUCUAGAUUUAUUUAACUGAAAAUGUCCACCUUGGAUCCAACCAAAUCAAGGGAAAAUGGGAACAGAAGGUGGACAUUUUUAAAAAUAGUACUUUCGAUUAUGCAAACAUGAAAAAUCUUCAUCAGAAUGUUCUCAUAUAACACUCAUAUGCUAAUUUUGUAGCUUUGUAACUGUUAAUGUUUGUUGAAUUUAGUGUUAAACCUAUCCAAAUUCUAUUUUUAAAAUAGAACUGAGAAACGUUUGAAUUAGAUUAGAUAGUGUUAACAGUAAACUUAACAAAUAUUAAUGGUUAGAAAGCUCUAGAAUUAACAAGUGAAUGUUAUAUUGGAACAUUUGGGAGAAAAUUUCAUUUUUUCAUAAUAGAGGAUACUAACGUGCUAGUUUUAAACAACUUUAAGAGUAUAUAAAUGCGACAAAAACAAUCGAGGUUAUAUAAGUGCAUAGUGAGUGAAAAUAUAAGGUGUUUAAGUGAAGUUUAGCCUUUUAAGACUGUAAUAUAUAGUGAUGUGGCAUUGGGUUUUAGGUUUGGAGAAUCUUCAAUGUAGUAGAUUGUUAUAGACUAUUGUUUUAUCUUUGUUUUUUUGACAAAAGAUAUACCACAAGAUUUUGAUUAUAGAUUUGGUUAUUACAUAUGCUUAAGAGACUCUGAGCACAUUAGAAUUCUUUUCAAUGGUCCAAUUAUUCAGAUGAAGUGAAAUGAUCUCAUUUCAAUAAAUUUCCAAGAAAGAACGAAGAAAAAAAGAAUCCAACUGCUCAAGUACUGAUGUCAUUAAUUUUGUAAUACCCCAAAACAUAGUCCCACAUCGGAUAUUGAUUUGAGAGUUUGAAUGGUUUACAAUGUAAGUCCAAGGAGUCAAGUGCAACAUUAACUAGUCAAUUUUCGCAAUUGAUUGAGUCAAACCAUGUGUUGCACUCAGUGGCUCCAAUGCUUACAUCGCGUCAACGGGCUCGCGGCUGGGGCGUGACAAAUGAUAUUAUAGCAUUUAGCCAACCGGAAGUGUGAAGCUAAGUGUUAUAUAGGACUAUGUGUUACCUCGUGUGAGCAUGAUGGGAGCCACCUCUAGAACCCGUAGAAGCUAUCUCUAGAGUUUACAUUGCCUAGUGGUGAUAUUGGGAUGUGCUUAUUUCGCGGCGAGGAUGCGCUUGUAUAAGGUGGGGUGAUUGUAUCCCAAAAGAUAGUCCCACAUCGGAUAUUGAUUGAAAGUUUAAGUGGUUUAUAAUGUAUGUCCAAGGAGUCAAGUGCACUAUCCACUAGUCAACUUUGACAGUGGAUUGAGCCAAACCAUGUGUUGCACUCAUUUGGAUCUCAUAGCAUGCAUCGUGUCAACGAGCUCGCAGGCCUGGGGCGUGAUAGUUUGAGUAUUUGCACGAUAUCCAGCAUCUAUCAUGCCACUAUUGCUAAUGCUGUUAUAUCUUUAUAGUGCCAGUACUUGUUGUACUGCAGGUGAUAUUUAGAACUCGAAUAUAUCACUGUAAUGUUUAUUCUUCUUGCAAUUUAAGCCUGGACAUCUUGAAGGACAGUUGGAGUCCCACCUUAACAAUUUCAAGAGUGCUAAUAGCUAUCAAAGCCAUCUUCAUCAAUCCUGAUCCAUGAAAGUGCAUAGCUACCAUGUCUUUCCAUGGAAUUCUUUAUUGAAUUAUCCUUUUGCGAGGCUUAUUUCAAGAUUUUUUGCCGCUGCUUAUUCGGACUCCUUUAUGCAGAUAACCCACUUGUUUCAAGCAUUGCUUACUUGACUGAUAGAGCUCAUCAUGAGAUACCUUCACAGUUCACUAUGCUUUUUGCUCGUUGAGCUGUGAGCUACUAGAUUGUCACUCAGGUAGCAUUUGGCCUUCAGAUACUAGAGAUUUGUAUUAGUUUGUGAUCUGGUAUGGAAGUUCAGAUAUUCGUUCUGCAUGUAAAACCUUUUCUGGGAGCUGCACCCUUGUUGCACUACUCGCAUUUCAGAUUUUAUUUGAAGAUGUACUAAUACUGUGCGUAGUGUCUAUUUUGCGUGUGAAAUACGACAUCCGUGUACAUAAAUUUGUCAAAUUUCAAAUUUAGUGAAUAGAUGUAGCCUAUGAAUUUGUAUAAAUUAAUCAAUCUGCAGGUGUUUUCCUAGAUUCAUAACUUUCCUGUAGUAAUAAGGAAAGCACAUUGGAUAUUUGUGAUGCUUUUUCAUGUCUUAUAGUCCGAACAAUCAGCAUAGUUGUUGCCUGAAUUGAUACCUGUUUUCUGGCAACUUGGUAACUUGUCUAUUACCAAAUUUGUUGUGGGUCACAGGGGUUUGUUCAAUAAUCAUAUGCGUAGGCACCUAGAUGUAUAUACAUGUUUUUGGUUGAUAUCAUAUUGAAAAGAAAUUAAAAAGAAGGAUAGGAAGGAAGGCCAAAGAGAAAAAAGGGUGUGUGCUACCAUCUUCCUGUCUACUAUGAUGAACUUAAGUACAUGGAACUUCUAUUUUUUUAUCAGUAAGUGUCGGGAGUGUGUCCACCUACCAUCUUCCUGUCUGCCCUAAUGAACUUAGUACAUGAAACUUCUAUAUUCAAUGCUUCAUCACCAAGUUACGUUUUUUGUAUUUUUUAUAGCAGUCUAUCUCAGACACUAACCAAAAGCAACUAUGGAGGUAAUUGAUCUUUUAAUUAACUUAACCUGUAAACCAGCACUCUAAAAAUAUUUUAUUAGGGAGAAGCUAUCCUCAGCCGCCUUGGUGCUAGCUUUCCUCUUAAUUGUCGACCAUGGCAAGGAAAUCUGAACUGAUCAAACAUUCUUCUAAUCCGUGGAUUUCCAACCAAAAAAAAGCCUCAAGUGGGCAGACAACCUGUGAAGCGAAGAAAAUGAGUUGCCAUGAAAGUCAAAGAAGCUAUCCUUCAUCCAUUGGUUCUUUAAAUCAUGAGUCAGCUGCUAAGAAGAGAAACGGUAUGUACACUUGUAUCCAAAAAUCUCCUGUUCGAGAUAAUGAGCUGCAGAAAGACAGCAGCAGCUUCCUGCUCAUUGCUGAAGGGAUUAUGAAGCAAAGCAUUAGACAGUAGAAUGUUAUCAAUACUGAAACCAAUCAACAUGUCAGGUGCAAGAUGAAGGCCACAAUCCCAGUCAAGUUCCCGAGCAAGGUACAAAAUGAGGGUCUAUGGUGUGUUCAUUGUGAAUUUUGUGAUGCAGGAAUGGAGAUUGAUAAUAGGUUGUCUGUGGUAUGCUCCUAAAUAUGAAAGUCUUAAAACCCUUCAGGGUUUUUAGAGGUUUUAGAUCCAUGUCUGGCCCAGGUUUAUGGCUUAAAGAAACUGAGGAAUAUGAAAGCUAGCUGAAAAGUUCACUAGGAUCACACUUUUCUUCAAAUAAUGUCCAGGUCUAACAAAAGGCAAAUCAAAGAAAGAGUUGAUCUUUCAAUUAACUUUGCAAAUGACGUACCACCUAUCACAGUCAUGGCAAGCAAACCUGAACUUAUCAAGCAUCGGCACUAUGAUCCAAGCAUGUCCAAGAGAACAAGGAAACCUCAACUGGCUACAAAAGUCUCUCUGAAUCGAGAUGAUGAGCUGCCCAAGGAAAGCAACAGCAUCAAUAACUCAUCAGAUAGCUCUCUGAAUCAAGAAGACGACCUGCUCAAGGAAAAGAACAUCUUUCAUCAACUGUCUCUAAUCUCUCUCGACCAAGAUGAUGAGCUGCAGAAGGACGACAAUGGAAUUCCACGAUCAUCGCUGAAGGAGUUGAUGAAUCAUGGAAAUGGACGAGAGGAAGUUGCCAAUACUGAAACUAAUCAAGGGGAUGAAAUUGGUGGUGAGAUGACAGCAGCAAUUUCAGAGGAUAAGAACGGUCUUGCUCUUGUGCCAAUACAAGGAGAGGGCGGAGUCAAAAGAGGUGGAAUGAUGAGUAGAUACGUAAAAGUUUUGAGCCAUUUUAUCAAGGCGAAGCAUUCAAAGAAAAAAACAGGGAUCCGGCUAUUGAAGCCAUAAAAGAGCAGCAUACAAGUUGGGUAUUAUCUAGUAUAAUGUAAAUUUCAUUUAGAUCUUUGGUGGGAUUUCUUCGCUCAGAAGAUCAUAUACUGGUGAAAAUGUUGGGAUAUGCUACCUGAGUGCUUCUAUGGGAUUUUACUGAACUAACGCCCAUAAUAAUAAUAAUAAUAAACCUUUUGGAUCAGUUUUA